CAGAUCCUCAGACCAGACCAACUUACCAGUGCAUAUCAUGGCCAGUGCUGAAGGAGGUGCAUACAGUUACUCUCUGACCGUCUUCUCUCCGAGCGGGAAGCUCGUUCAGAUCGAGCACGCGUUAGCGGCAGUGUCUCAGGGUACGACAAGCUUGGGGAUCAAAGCAACAAAUGGCAUUGUCAUUGCAACGGAGAAGAAGUCGUCCUCCAUUCUGAUCGACGACUCAAUGAUCGAGAAAGUCGCCGUCAUCUGUCCAAAUAUCGGGAUUGUCUACUCUGGAAUGGGUCCCGACUUCCGCAUCCUGGUGGCGAAGGCACGGAAGAGCGCACAGGCGUACUGGAAGAUCUACAAUGAGUACCCGCCAACAAAGGUGCUCACUCAGGAAAUUGCCACAAUUAUGCAACAAGCAACUCAUUCCGGUGGUGUCAGGCCAUAUGGUGUUUCACUCCUUGUCGCCGGAUGGGACAUCAAUCGGGGACCAAGUCUCUAUCAGGUGGACCCGUCAGGCUCGUAUUGGGCGUGGAAAGCCAGCGCAAUUGGCAAGAAUAUGGUGAACGCCAAAACCUUCCUUGAGAAGCGCUACAACGACGACAUCAGCCUUGAAGACGCCAUUCACACAGCACUCCUGACAUUGAAGGAAGGUUUCGAGGGCCAAAUGACAGAAAAGACCAUUGAGAUUGGAGUUAUUACGGUCCCCAGUGAAGCUGAUCUAGAAGCCGGGAAGAUUGAAGGAACGGGUCGCGCCAAAGCAGCGUUCAGGAAACUAACAGAGGAAGAAGUAAGAGACUAUCUUGCCAUGUAGGGGGAUUGAACGGACAGUGCAUUCAUUUCCUGUUGUAUUUUGUUCCACGUAAUUCUCACAGCAUCGGAUUUU